UUUAAUUUUCAAAACCAAAUUUUCCGUUGUGCAACUUCUCGAUUAUCAUCGUUUUCUUUUCCUUAAUUUGAACCUUUUUAUUUUUUUUUAUAGCAAUUGACCUAUAUUGACUAGAGUGGGGGUUCCAAUUUUGCGUCAGAAAAAAAAUUCAAAACCCUAAUUCCCACGUUUAUUUAAUCUCAAAUUCUCUCCUCUUCAUUGGUUUUCUAGCAAGGAGUAAUCAAAAGGUGUUCUGCUUGUAAUUGGAAACGAUGUCGCGACCCAUUUUGCUUGUCUUUUUGCUGCUCAUACUUAUAAUAACCUCUCAGUUUGAGUGGAAGCAACAACUUGUGAUUGAUGUUGACUCUAAUUCCAGCUUAUCUCAAAAGCAGCAACAGAUUUCUAACAGGGUGGAAGCCGUAAAGGAGAAGAUUAUUUUAGUGCAAGAGAAAAAUAUUCGAAGAUUGAAUGAUCUUGUGCGGCAUCUCCAGGAACAGUUGCAGCAGUGUAGAAGCAGUAAUGGUACAACAAAUGGCACUGUAAGCCCGUUAGCUGAGCGUAUACUUGAGCUUGAGCGACAUCAAAUUUUAGAGGAUUAAGCUGACACAUGUAAUAGUGGCUUUGCUUUUUCUUUCUUUCUUUUUUCUUUUUAAUCAAAUUGCAAAGUUGUUUUAAGUAGUUCUUUGAAAGGAAACGUUGUAAAAGAUUUACUU